CAUUUACAGGUAAGAAAAAGAUGCUCGAGGUCUCUCCUUCCACUGGCCUGCAAAUUCAGGGAACCUCACCGCAAGGCCUACAUCUCAACCUUGCCAUUAAAUAAAGUCAGCUCUCUUGGUGAUUGAAAAGAGAGGAACCAGGCAGAAACAGAUGUCUGGUUCCCUUUAAGCUGCGAUUCCGGGUGCCCAGGAAGCCAGUGUGGAUACAGCGCCCCAGUGAGUAGGGCAGGAGAAAGCCACUUUUCCCUUCCUCCUGGGCCUCAACUCCCAGGCAUCUUCUGGCUCCGUUUCUUUUAUUUUCGGUGAUUAUAAAUAAUAGCCACCUCUUUAUGUGGUAUGUGCUGGGCUAACUAAUUCAUAUGCAUUUUCUCUUCGUGCUCCAGGCAACCCCAUGAGGUUGGUAUUAUUAAUUUCUCUUUACAGAUAAGGAAGUAGAUUAGGCAACUUGACUGAGGUCAGCCAGAACGAUCAGGGACACAGCACAGGUAGUCUCAUCUCGAGACCACAGCUCUUUCCUAUAUUUGAUCUGGUUCUCUUACUGUGGAAAUACAUGUUCUCACCUUGGCUUCUGAGUAAGCCAUACAGAAUAUGGAGGGCGAGCCCAUCUGUAUGACCUCAGCACCAAUAAUGGUACCUCUACCCACCCUGGGGCAUCAGCUGCCCUUCAGGGGCAUACUGUUGUUAAUUCUGCCUUGUCAGGGAAUAAACUGGAGUUCAAAUAGGUAAAAAGCCAAGGUCAUCAACCUGGAAAAGUGUCAGAACCAAGAUUCUAGCCCAGGCUACGGGAAUCUUUCUCAAAAACAUCGGUACAGUAUCCUUUUCAAGACUGAACAUUUGGGCACCACAGUGUUGUUCACUGAGUCAGAACAAUCUUGCACUAUGUACAGGGCUUGUCCUCCAAUUAAUCAAUCAAUCAAUGUCCAAUUUUUAAAAAAGCUCUCAAGAAAGGAGCAAGGGCUGGAGACUGAGCUCGGUGGUAGAGUGCUUGCCUAGCAUUGACAGAGCCCUGGGAUCCCCAGAGCCACCUUCGAAAAAGCGGUAAGGAGGAAGGAGACACCUUCCAGAAAAGCCAGGGGAAUGCAAGCUGGUCCAGGAGGAGCAAUCCAGAUAAUCUCACUAGGGCAGAUCAGGUAAUUUGAGGAGUGAUGAGCCAAAGAACAAAGAGAAGAUGGACAUAAGGGGAGACUGAGGCCUAGUGUGAUUCUGUACAUAGGGAUGAAGUAAGAUGAAGAAGAUGGGGAAACUAGGACAACAGGAAGUGGGGAAAGUGAGGCUGGCCUUGGUGGCUUGAGGGGUGAACUGAGGGUGAUGCCUACGUGGCCACUCCUUGGAUCCUUAGGCCCUCCGUAGUGAUCUUUGCCCCACCACACCUCAGCUCUGACAGACUACGUGCCAGGAAAUUUUGUCUGCACUGAGCUACCAGCUGAGUUCCAACCCUCUGGAGUGGCUGCUUCAGACUAGGUAGGUGUAACGUGCUGGGCCUCGACUCUGAAUUGGGAGUUGGCAGAGGGGUAAACAAGAGCGAGGUUGUAUUUCCUGAAUGGCCCCAUAAUGCGUUUUUCCAAUCCAGGAAGCACCGUCCUUAGCGGCAAGGGAACCAUGGACCACAGUGCGGAUCUGGCGAGGCAGGAGAGGCCCAGUCUUCGUCUGGAAAAGCUACAGCACUGGGCAAGACACAGGCAAAGUGGACACCUACUGGUGGUGGCGGUGAGCCAGCUCUGGCUGGCCAUAGCCACGGUGCCCUUCACGAUCUCAGUGGCCUGCUUGAGCUCUGCCUGUCACAUGGCCACAACACUGCCGCUCUGGCCUGGAGCCUCGGGUCUCCUCACUGGGAUCAUCACCCUUGAGCUUCGCAGAGCACCCUGUUUCUGGAAGGUGCGGGCCAUGAUGAUAUCCAACACCUUCAACCUGAUCUUGGGCUUCAUCGUGGUGGUGAUAGAAGUGACGAAGACAGCCUUGGGGCCUGCCCCUACUGGCCCCAUCCAGGAACAGCUGCCAGGGUUGCUGGUGCUAGAACUCAGCGCGGAGGCCUUCACCCUAGGAGGAGUGCUGGUCUCAACAUACGCCCUGUUCUUGCUGAGCCAGAGGAAGCAAGGAUGCUUCACGAGGUCAAGUCUGCACUACCAGGAGCUACAGGAGGUAGGGGGUGAGGGAGGAAAACAUGAAGCCACCAGCUUCCAGGUAAUUUUUCUUCUGGCUGUCCUUGUAGUGGGGCAGGAGGGAAAUAAAGGGCUGACGCUGACCGGCUUUCUGGCAUUGGACGUUAAUGCCCCUAAUAACGGUUGUGAAGGAACUGGGUAUUUAAUGAUUGGGACUACACGAGUGUGCAAACGUUAGUAGGCGGCCUUAAUGUAUUAUUGGAAAGACUUGAGAAGCUGGGAGGGUUCUGCUUCCACCUGGAGUUUUGCCUUUCUUGACCCUAAAAUUUGCUCACAUGUUUUCAGGGUCUCUCUGAGAUGGAGGAGGUUUCCGGUUUGGAGGAUGGUCCCAUGGUGGCUAGCACCCGAAAUAGAACAGAUGAAUGAGUGGCCACUGCCCUCCUCCACCAAAGGGGGCAUUCUCCUGGCACUUUCGCGUCGUGCCCCUCCCUCGGACUAUAACUGAACUCCCCCAAGAUGUGCGUGAAGCCCACAGGAGUGCCCUCAGUUUUUCCUCAAACCAGGACCAGCUCUCUUCUCUUCCCCACUCGAGGAAGAUCUUGUCACCUCGUUUCUAGUCAAGCUGCUUCCUCCCUUGCAUUCUUGGCCUCCUUCCUCCCUGCCUCUCCAUCCAGAUUCACAUCUGCCUCAUCUCACUGUUUCCGUCUGUUGACCUUUCACAAUCCCAUCCACUCCGAGCCCGGCUGCUGCACCCGCCAACCGAGAAUCCGCGUCGGUUGUGCUCCGGGUCUCCCUUGGAUCCGGGUCCUGCCUAAGCCACUGGAGACUACAAUUCCCAGGAUACCCCGCUACCCCGUG